GAACAAAGAGAUUAUUAUUGUAAGCCAUUGUCUCUUUGAGUAUAAAUAUCGGGAGCAACAGCACGAGUAUCAGUUAAAGCUUGUGUUUUGACGCAUUAAUUAUAAUAACAAUUCUCAAAGACAAGAAAAACACUAGCUUCUUUUUAAAAUGGCUAAAAAUUACCACACAGUUUUGCUAUUAGUCUGCUUGUCAUUCAUGGUGAUAGUUUCUUCACCACAAAAUGCAGUUCAAGCAGAUAAGCUCAUUGGAAGCUGUGUUUGGGGUGCAGUUAAUUACACUUCCAAUUGCAACGCAGAGUGCAAACGACGUGGGUACAAAGGAGGACACUGCGGAAGCUUUGCUAAUGUCAACUGUUGGUGCGAACAAUAAUCAAUAGAUACGAUCAACUAAAAGCUACAUUUCGGAUUGUUGCUGACAUCAUUCAUUCUACUGGCUGUUGAGUAAAUCCGACAGUAUAUUAUCAACUAUUCUGAAGAUAAU